GGGCGGCGGGCGGCGGGCCCGCGGCACGGGGAUGGGCGCUGCUGGCCCGCGGGGUCCCGGCGGAGGGGACUCGGCCCCGACGGCCUCUCCCGUGCUCUCCCCUCCGCCGGCCGCCCCCCAGCCCUGCCGGACCCCCCCGCACUCCCCUUAGGGCCCGGCUCUCCCCGGCGCUCCGGCCUUUCCCCGGCUCGCCCCGUGGCCCCCGUGCAACGCGGACACGCUGCUCCGUGUCCCAGCCGCCCGGGCCCCCCUGGAUCCGGCCCUGGCGGCCCCGGCGCUGGGAAGGGCUGGGCUGGGGCCGGGCCGGGUGCUCAGACCCCCGGGACACCCCCGGACAUCUUCCUGCUGCCCUUGUGGGGCACCGGAGCAAGAUUUGGGUACUCGGGAGCUUCCAAAACUCUUUUUGUGGCUCUUUCUCACCAUUACCGCGAGCCGGCCAACUUGGGACCAUCUGUCCUGGCUGUGCUGGUGCGGCUGGUGACGGGACAGGCACCUCGAGUGGAAUCCGGAGCAUCCCGCCUCCCUCUUCCCGGAUCAAUACCUGCACGGGCCUCCAUCUCCGCGCCGAGAGCAGCGACGCGCCGGGCUCCAGGCUGCUGCGGCAAGAUGUCAGUGAAGUUUGAGGACGUGGCGCUCUACUUCUCCCCCGAGGAGUGGGCAAAGCUGUCGGGCUGUCAGCGGCAGCUCUACCGGGAGGUGAUGCUGGAGAACUACCAGAUGGUCGCCUCGCUGGGCUGGGCCACCGAAAAGCCAGAGAUCAUCUGCAAGAUAGAGCGAGAAGAGACGCCGUGUGUGUUGGACCCCCCUGGAGAGCAUCAGAGUAACCAGACCCAUGUGUCAGCAGCCAUCAGCCCCAGGACCCAGAGGGAGACUGAGGGAGUCCCAGAGAUGCUGCCAGUAGGGAUCUGGAGACCUGUGAGGUCACUCCUGGAAGACCUGCCUUUCUACAAUCCCCUAGGCAAUAGGGGACUUGCCUGGCUACAAGCGAUCACCUUCACCUGCCGGGGCACACACAGUACUACCCAGGACCAUCGUGCCGGGACUGAGAACGCCCUGCUGCCAAGGAUGCCAAACUUGGGUGGGAUGCAUCAGGGGAGCUCGACCUGCAGCCAGCCGGGCGGGAGCCAGGGGGCCUGGUUGGGGAACCUCUACUUUCCCCCACUCCGAGUACCCCAGCUGUUACAGAGGAGCCCUCCCAGGUGGCCUGAGUGUGACAAGAGCUUCGAGAACCAGACAGCGCUGGAUGUCCAUGUGUGGAGCCACAUGCGUGAGCGUCCCUUCCACUGCACUGACUGUGGCAAGAGCUUCAUCUACAAGCAGAAACUGCUGAGUCAUCGGUGCACCCACAAUGGGGAGAAGCCCUUCUCCUGCAGCGACUGCGGCAAGAGCUUUGUCCGGAGGCAGCACCUGAUGAGGCAUCAGCGCAUUCACACCGGGGAGAAGCCCUUCACCUGCACUGACUGUGGCAAGAGCUUUGCAGACAAGUUGACCCUCAUCCUCCACCAGCGCAUCCACACCGGAGAGAAGCCCUUUGCCUGCACCGACUGUGGCCAAAGCUUCAGGGAGAAGAAGAGCCUCAUCAUCCACCAGCGCAUCCACACCGGAGAGAAGCCCUUCUCCUGCACUGACUGUGGCAAGAGCUUCAGGGAGAAGAAGGCCCUCAUCAUCCACCAGCGCAUCCACACUGGGGAGAAGCCCUUCUCCUGCACCGACUGUGGCAAGAGCUUUUCCCAGAGGUCGAGCCUCCUCACACACCAGCGCAUCCACACUGGGGAGAAGCCCUUUGCCUGCACUGAGUGUGGCAAGAGCUUCAGAAACAAGUUGACCCUCGUCAUCCACCAGCGCAUCCACACUGGGGAGAAGCCCUUCACCUGCACCGAGUGUGGCCAGAGCUUUGUCCAGAGGCAACACCUGCUGAGUCACCAGCGCAUCCACACUGGGGAGAAGCCCUUUGUCUGCAUUGAGUGUGGCAAGAGCUUUGUCCGGAGGCAGCACCUGCUGAGGCACCAGCAAAUCCACACCGGGGUGAAACCCUUCACCUGUACUGGAUGUGGGAAGAGCUUUGCGGAUAAGAAGGACCUGAAGAGACACCAGCAGGUGUACCAGGGCCCUGAGAUUGUGGUGGUGGAUGUCAAGCAAGAGGAUGAGGUCUUGAUCUGUUAGCAGAACAAGCCAUGCAGAUGCGAUCAGCGAUGUAUUAACAUGGCAUGAUACUCGAUUACCUGUUAGCCCAAUACGGGUGAUCUGUGGUAAAGUAAAUUAUUCUAAUUGUUGCUUAAAAAUUUAUAACAAUGGUCAAGUUGUUAAGCAAAUCACCAUGGGAAUACAAAAGCUAGCCCAUGUUCCUGUACAAACCUGGAAGAGUUGGGAAGUCGAUCCCGUCUCUCAGUCCCCAGGUGCUCCAUGGCUUAAACACAAUCUUAUUUAUCUUUUAUGUGGUAUUGUAUUGUUACUCCUUGCCUGUUUAAUCCACUGUUUGAAAUAUGCAAUUUAUAGGCCCUUUGCUGCAUGGAGAUGUUAUAUCAGGCUAAGCUUGAAUUCCACAGUUAUACAGACUGUAAGAAAUUAUGCUCUUUCCCAUACUUAGCUAUUUUUGCUACUUCCCUGCCACCGUGGACAAAGAAGCAACAAGCUUUGAGCUAUGGGCUGGUGUGACAGGUGGUGGUGUCAGGGACCAUAUUUUAGUUUAAAUGUCUCAACGCAUGUUUGCUCGACUGUCUCUGCCCUGACCAGCCACAUAAUUUUCUGGAGACUGCCUGGCCACAAGCCACAGGAAACCUGCCCAGCUCCAGGCAAUAGGGGACUUGCCUGGCUACAAGCGAUCACCUUCCCCUGCCAAGGCACACGCGGUACUACACGGGACUGACGUGCCGGGACUGAGAACAUGCGCAGAAAUGCAGAACGGGCGGUACAUGCCAUUGCCUGGGAAACAACAUCCCAAUCUCCUGGUUUUGUUAAAAACAAGACCUGUUUCUCUUUCAGUGAAUUUUCUUCUCAGUUAAGUGCCUUCAAAGUGCCUCCAUAUUUUUGUGGGACACUGUACUUGGUGCUGAUAACAGGGUCUGCGGAACGCUGAAGAAGCUCAUGUUUAGAUUUAUUACUAUGAUAACCAAGGUUAACUGAUAAUGGGACAUAUUUGGAAGGAGGGGUGGACAGAACAGGUGACUAAAAAUGACCAACUGAGCACUCUAUCCCAUAAUCGUCAUACCCUCUAUAUAAGAUGGGAUCAUGAGGAUCUCACCUCUCUUCAACCAUGGCCGGCAUAUAAAGAGGACCCUCUCUGCAUGCCUGCAAUCUGUACGCCUCAGUCCCUGCAUCCUGAAAUCCAGUUUUCGGUUUGCUGUGAAAUCCUGCCCGUGACUCCUGGGUGCCAGCCCUGCAGCUGCUGGAGCCGCGCCAGCUCCUAGCUCCGCCGCCACUGCGCUGAUGCUAACUGCAUAUCGGACAUUCAAGAUUGGUUUUGUGUAUUUCGCAUAUAUAUUCUCUAUUUAUUAGUAGCAUUGGUAAAGCCUUUAAAACCUUUCCAACUUGAAGUCUAAGUGUCUCUUCCUUCUUAUCUUCCUUAUCAUCUUUCCAAUCUAAGGAAAGGCGGGGGGAGCGUAAGGGGGUAACGGAGCAUCUGCCACAGUUUAUUUUUGCCUUACUUUAAACCUUAACAACAAAAUAUCACCAAAAUGCCUUACAAAAGACUGUAUGACCAUGCAGUAACAAGCAUGUGUGAUCUGGAGACCCCCACCACUGACAGGUAUUACGUGUGUACCUCUCAGGGAUGUAAGGGGUGGUCAUUUUGUGAGUGAGGGACGAGCUGCCUUCCUGAGACGCACUGCCCCACCUAGUAGAGAGAAAAUGCCAUUGGAUCGAUCCAUGGUGGUGAGUGUCUCUUGCAAAUCUAUCCCCACUGCUCGCUAGGUUUCCUCCUUUCCCAUCUCCUUCUCCCUGUCCUAUUGCUCUUUUCAUACCAUAACAUAUGGACCUCCAUUUACAGAAGUGUUUAAUAAAGUUCCUUAAUUAAGUGGCA